AUGGGCUGCUCUCGCUGCCCCGUGCCGCCGCUGCCGCUUGCUAGGAGGGUCGUCGUCACGUGCACGGGGCUCUUCGGCGAUGGUGCGCCGGAGCUGGGUUUGUCAACGGUAGAGGAGCAACCUGCCUCUGCCGGCGGUGGGGGGUGGGUCCUCUUUCUGGAGUCCAGCAGUGGAGCAGUCAGAGGAACUGCGACAGUUGUCAUCUCUGGUGCAGCAAACAACAGAAGCAGCAUUCAAGGCGGAAGCCAUCAAAUGCCUGAAGCUUUGAGUUGUUUUGUGCAAUGCAACAUUCCAUUGGGAAUGCAGGGAAAGGUUCAUAUGAGCAAGGUAUGUAUCUCUGGUUUUCAGGAAGAAGGAUAUGAAGACAUACGGGGAGAAAUUGAGAUGCUGCAGCAAUGCAGACGUCCAAAUGUUGUCCGCUACUUUGGAAGCUAUCAAGGAGUGAAAUACCUAUGGAAAAAUCUAUUAUCGAAUUACUCACAGGGUGAUAAUACAAGCUGUAUUUUGCAUUCAACAAGUACCCCUGCAUUUUUUUUUGAGCAGGUUCUGGAGUCUGGACCUGCAGGAGGGGGAUGUCCUUUCUCUGUGCCAUUCAAUGCAUGGUGCUGA